GCUCGGGUGGAGAGAGCCGCCGUCGCCGCCUCCCGGGCUGCGUGAGAGGAUUUCCCCGGUGGUUGCGCCUCCGUCGCGGGCCGUCACCAUCCCCGCCGCCCGGGCCUGCUCGGCCCCUGCCGCCGUUGGAGCCCCGGCAGGGAAGUCCCGGGAGCCGCCGGGACAGCCGGAUCAUGUCCGGCCGCAGCCAGAGCACCAAACUGUCCACGACGGAGCGCCUCGUGAAAGCUGUUCCUUUCCCCCCAACUCAGCGGCUAACCCUCAAAGAAGUUUUUGACGAUGGGAAGCCCCGGUUAGAGAUCUUAAAAAACCAUUUGGUGAAAGAAGGGCGCCUGGAAGAGGACGCAGCACUGAAGAUAAUCAAUGAUGGAGCUGCCAUCUUGAAACACGAGAAGACAAUGAUUGAAGUGGAAGCUCCAAUCACAGUGUGUGGUGACAUUCAUGGGCAGUACUUUGACCUGAUGAAAUUGUUUGAAGUCGGUGGAUCACCCAAUAACACACGCUACCUCUUCCUGGGAGACUACGUGGACAGAGGCUACUUCAGUAUAGAGUGUGUGCUGUAUUUAUGGAGUUUAAAGAUAAACUUCCCCAAAACCCUUUUCCUGAUCCGAGGGAACCACGAGUGCAGGCAUCUCACAGAAUAUUUCACCUUCAAACAAGAGUGUCGAAUCAAGUACUCAGAGCGGGUAUAUGAUGCAUGCAUGGAUACAUUUGACUGUCUUCCUCUCGCAGCCCUCUUGAAUCAACAGUUUCUGUGUGUGCACGGAGGGCUCUCUCCUGAAAUCACAUGUCUAGACGACAUUAGGAGAUUAGACAGGUUUAAGGAGCCUCCAGCCUUUGGUCCAAUGUGUGACCUACUGUGGUCUGAUCCAUCAGAAGAUUAUGGCAAUGAGAAGACCUUGGAACACUUCACUCACAACACUGUUCGAGGUUGCUCCUAUUUCUACAG